CUCAAUCGCUAAACAAGGUUUUGAGAUUUAUCGGCGAAUCAUUUUGUCGGAUCGAAUCAGAUAGAAGAAGGUCGAUGAUUCUCCAUGGAAGAAGGUUAGUCCAGUUGCAGAAAUGGCUUCAUUUGAGUGUUUCAGAGAAGCUUGUUCAAAAUGGAUCUGCUUUUACCAAUUCGUUCUCUUCUAUUGCUAGUACUGUUGCUGCUGAUGUGAGUAUUAUUAGAGAUAGUAGAAAAGGUCAGAACUUUACCGUCUCUUACCUCGUUGGUUCAUUGGGUUUAACUACAAAGCUCGCAGAAUCGAUCUCUAAGAAGGUUAGCUUUGAGGACAAGAGUAAUCCGGAUUCUGUUUUGGGUCUUCUAAGGAGUCAUGGGUUCACAGAUUCUCAGAUCUCAAGCAUCGUUACGGGUUAUCCAACAUUGCUUAUAGCAGAUGCUGAGGAAUCACUUGGUCCAAAGCUUAAGUUUUUGCAGUCCAGAGUAGCUUCAAGCUCUGAGUUAACUGAGACUAUUUCUAAAAUUCCUAAAAUCUUGAGGAUGAAAGGGGACCAAACGAUUAGUGUAUACUUUGAUUUCGUCAGAGUGAUUGUAGAAGCUGAUAAGAGUUCUAAGUACACAAAGUUGUGUCAUUCUUUGCCUGAGGGUAGUAGGCAGGAGAACAAGAUUAGGAAUAUAUUGGUUUUGAGAGAAUUGGGAGUGCCUCAGAGGUUGUUAUUCCCCUUGCUCAUCUCUGAUAACCAACCUGUCUGUGGGAAAGAAAGAUUUGAAGAAUCCCUCAAGAAGGUUGUUGAGAUGGGUUUUGAUCCGACCACCUCAAAGUUUGUUGAAGCUCUGCGUGUGUUUUACGAAUCGACAGAGAAAGCAAUUGAGGAGAAAGUUAAUGUUUAUAAAAGGUUAGGCUUGACUGUGAGCGAUGUAUGGGCAAUGUUCAAGAAGUGGCCAAUAUCUCUUACACACUCGGAGAAGAAGAUAUCCAGCUUAUUUGAAACUUUCGUAGAGCUAGGAUUCACCAGAGAUGAGUUUGUGCUGAUGGUCAAACGCCAGCCAUCGUGUCUUAAUUUAUCUGUAGAAACGGUAAAGAAGAAGAUAGAGUUUUUGGUGAAGGAGAUGAAUUGGCGUGUAGAGGCCUUGGUUUCGAGCCCUCAGGUACUUGGAUACAGUUUGGAGAAGAGGAUUUUACCAAGGUGUAAAGUAAUCAAAGCUCUCAUGUCGAAAGGAUUGCUCGGAGACAAAGGAAGCAAACUACCUCCAAUGCAUUAUGUUUUGAAGAUUGGCGAUCAUGAUUUUUUAGAUAGAUAUGUGAGGAAGCAAGAUGACAAAGACCUUGUGGGUGAGUUGAUGGCUAUGCUCACUGGAGAUGAUGCUUCAUAGAUUAAGGCUUGUCAAGGAAUGUCUUUUUCAGUAAAUUUAGAUGUUGUCUACAAUCUCUGAAACCCAAUUUAUCGUUUUUUUCAGUCUAAGCUUAACCGGAAUCAGAGUCUGUCUUGGCAAAAAGGAAAUUGUAAUAUUGAAUGUCUAUUUAGAGCC